CCAAUCCCGGAAGCCCAUCGGUUCCGAGGAUUCGGACCUGUUAGGUUGCCGGGGCCCCUGGCAAAUCCUUCCUUCCCGGUUUGGACGUCUGCGCUGGGACUUUGGUUCCGAACCUAGCGUAACCGGGGCGGGCGGCGCGGGGUCACGUGGCCGGCGGCUCCCAUGACGCGCGGGCCGCUGGGCGUCACGGGGACGUUGCGGCGACUUCCCAGGUGGCUAGGGUACCUCUGCCAGCUGUGUGGUCGCGGUGCUGUCAUGGACCUGGGACCCAUGCGCAAGAGUUACCGUGGGGACCGCGAGGCAUUUGAGGAGACUCACCUGGCCUCCCUGGAUCCCAUGAAGCAGUUUGCUUCCUGGUUUGAAGAGGCUGUCCAGUGUCCUGACAUAGGGGAAGCCAACGCCAUGUGCCUGGCUACCUGCACAAGGGACGGAAAGCCCUCCGCCCGCAUGCUGCUGCUGAAGGGCUUUGGUCAGGACGGCUUUCGCUUCUUCACCAACUAUGAGAGCCGGAAAGGAAAGGAACUGGACUCAAAUCCCUUUGCCUCCCUUGUCUUCUACUGGGAGCCCCUUCACCGCCAGGUGGGUCCGGGGGCUGCUGGAGCCGGAGUGGCAGGCAGGGCCAAGGGCUCCACCCGCCCAGCCAGGACGCCCCAGCAGGUGCGCGUGGAGGGCCUGGUGCAGAGGCUGCCGGAGCCCGAGGCCGAGAGCUACUUCCACUCCCGCCCCAAGAGCAGCCAGAUCGGGGCUGUGGUCAGCCGCCAGAGCUCUGUGAUCCCUGACCGCGAGUAUCUUCGAAAGAAAAAUGAGGAACUGGAGCAGCUCUACCGGGAGCAGGAGGUGCCCAAGCCGACAUACUGGGGAGGCUAUGUGCUGUACCCACAGGUGAUAGAGUUCUGGCAAGGCCAGACGAACCGCCUGCACGACCGCAUCGUCUUCCGGCGGGGCCUCCCCACGGGGGACCCCUCCCUGGGGCCCAUGACCCGCAGAGGGGAGGAAGGCUGGCUCUAUGAGAGGCUGGCACCAUGACUGGCAUCAUUGGUGCACGGGGCCAUCGGUAGAGACACCGCCUCCACACAGCCUCUCCCUCCCUCCCUCCUCUGGGGCCCUGGAGCCAUCCCCAGUUGGGUCUCAGCUGCUGAGUGGAAGGUCAGGGUGUCACAGAGUCACAACCCUGGUGGUUUUCUGGACCUUGCCUAUGCCUUUUCCAGAAUAGCCCCCAGGGUAGCAGGCUUGGUGACUUCCCCUCCAGUGAGCUGGUUCCCAGCAGCCCUGUCUGUUGCCAUGGGAUUCAUGCUACUGAAGCCAGAAUAGCCAAUCAGAUACCUCAUCAACAAGUCAGACUUUGAGCCAGGCAUGGAGGUGCACACCUGAAAUCUCAGCAUGCUUGGGAGGCUGAGGCAGGAGGAUCACAAGUGCAAGCUCUGGCUGGGCAAUUUAGCAAUUUACUGAGACCCUAUCCCAAAAUAAAAAAUAAAGGUAAAAUAAUACAUUUUUAAUAAAAUAAUAGGGUUUUUUUUGGUGCUGGGAAUUGAACCCGGGACCUUGUGCUUUCAAGGGAGGCGGUGGAACCACUGAGCUAAAUCCCCAGCCCUAAAAUGAUACUUUGACUUUGAAACAGAGAGUCAGAGGCUGGGGAGUGAUGUGGUUAAGUGCUCCAUGGGAGCCCAGAAGUACAGUUUCCAGGGCCGCCGGGGUCCCUCUUUUUGUCUGUGUGUGCUCCUCCUCCCACCUCCAAAUGCCCCAGUGUCUCUGCACAUUGUUUUUUUCUCUCUUAAACUAGCUAGAAUUGAUUUAUACCAAAAAGAAAAAAAAACCUUCUUCACCAACAGGAUUUUUUUUUUUUU